UUUUUCAUCUUUAAAGCUGAACUUGCACACCCUUUAAAAAGAGACCUUUCUCUUUUGCGUUACACUCACAUCCACAUUAACAUUUUCACAUUGUGAGUCACUCUCUAGCGAAGCUUAUUUGUGUGCAUAUGCAAUGGCAGAAGAACCUCAGUACUCCCCCAUGGAAGGGGUUCCGGGUACACCCGGUAUCCGGGAGGUGAGGCCCGAGUCCGGCUCUGAGAAUUUCGGGUUUUGCACAGAGAAAUGUCAUGUGUCCCCGUCGUGUGGGUAUCCAAACCCGGGAAUAAGGAGGGUGAGCUUGAGGGCUGAGAUUGACACUUCUCCGCCUUUCGGAUCGGUUAAGGAGGCUGUGACCCGGUUUGGUGGCAGCGGACCUUGGAUACCAUCGUACAAGUUUGGAGAGCCAUAUCAUGGAAUUGAAGAGUUUGACAUAAAGAAAGUGGAGGAACAAGCAGCAGAGUUGGAGAAGGAUCUGAUUGUGAAAGAAUUGGAGACCCUGGAUGUGCUUGAAGAACUAGGAACUACAAAAAGGAUUGUAGAAGAAUUAAAGAGACAGCUCCAAAAUGAAGCUUUGAAAUGCAUGACCAGUACUCCAGACUUGAAUUCAGAUGAACACAUGCCUGCUUCAUCUAUCAAAGAAAUGAACAAGGAACAUUAUGAACAGAUCAGAAUUGGGAGUUCAAGCCCGUGCCCUAUUUCGUCUCCUGAUUUGAUCUUGAUGGAGUUGAAACAAGCAAAAUUGAGCCUUGGUAAAACUAUAAAUGAUCUUGGGAUGAUUCAAACUUCUGUUGAGUCUCUAAAUAAGAAAAUGAAGAAAGAGAAAACUUUACUUGAAAAGACCAAAGAGAGGCUAACUUCUAAGUUUGCAGGGGUGACAUCUCUAGAGGAGGAGCUAAAACGAGUGAGGGUGAAACCACAGAUUGCCAACAAUACCACCUUUUCACAACAAUGCCAAGCCUGAGCAGUUUAAGAAAAUGGUUGAUCCUGCAAAAAAGUUCCAAGAGGAAUUCCACUGCCAGGAAAUGAUCAAAACAAGCCCUGUAUAAAAACUGCUGAAAUGAGGUGGGUUGCAGCAAAGAAGAUGGAGGAAGCAGCCAGGGCAGCAGAGGCUCUUGCUCUUGUUGAAAUGAAUGCCCUUGUUGGAAUGAAGGGUUUGUCAAGCAAUGAGAACUCAUCAGGAUUUUCCUUGCCAGAGCCUGAGCCAUCACCUCUAACCCCGAAAGUUCAUAGGGCAGAAGAGGUUUCAAAAAGGAAAGUAAUUCAUGCAAUGAACAAGUUUGCUGAAGCAAAUAUCUCCAAACUUUCAAUCCUGAGGAAGCUAGAGGAAGCUUCAGAAGAAGUUAAACAUAGUAAAGAAGCAUUGGAAGAAGCUCUUAAUAGAUUGGAAAUCGCAAACAGGAAGCAACUUGAUGCUGAAGAGGCUCUCAAGAGAUGGAUUCCAGAGCAAGAACAGAACAAACAGGUUGUUUACAAUGCGACCAAGAUCAACAAUUUCCAUCCACCUUAUCCUCAUAAUCAGCAUCAGCAUCCUCCUCGAUCUCCAUUACAUGAUCUGAUGAACAUGCAAAAUCCAACAACGGAUGAUGAACCAAACCCUCUUUUAAGGCCAACAGUUUCAAUGAGGGAUAUCUUGAGCAGGAAACAAAUUACUCCUGAAGAAUGUGCUGUGAGAAGGCCUAAUGAAGGCCACAGUACUGAAAGGCAAAAGGUAGCUUUGAGCCAAAUGCUUCAUGAACUAAAGGAAGAUCUAACAUUAGUUCCUUCAAAACCUGUUCAAAAAGAUCAUGGAGAUAAUGAUCAAAAGCAGUACUUCACCCAGAGGAGAAAGUUUGGGUUCAUCCACAUUUCCCUACCAUUGGCAAAGCAAAGCAGGAAGAAACCACAAGCUCUAAACACAAUGUGAUUCAAUAGGAUAAAUUUGUACUACUAAAUAUUAAUCUGUGGUCAUAUGCUAAUAUUUUUUAUUCUGUUUGCUUCAUUUGUUUGUGUUGCUUUUGGGUGAUUUUUUUUUAUGUUCUUGGCAUCUUUGGAUAUUUGUUUUGAAAUUUGUCUUUGCUGUAAAGGUUUUCUAUAAUUUUGUCCAUGUAUUCUGCAAUCUGCCCUGAAAUAUUGAUGGGAUAGAAUAUCAUGUUUACGAAUGUUAAUGGUUAGGG